UAAUCGUGCGUACACUUUAUCAGGUUUGCGAUACAAAUGCAUUAGGAGGAUCCCGUGCCUCUUUCAUUAAAGUAGUUGGGGAAAUUGAUCCCGCCCCCUUUCAGGAGUAAAAAAAAAAAGAAGCGAUUAUUUCUCCUCUCGCCGGGAGAGGGUGAGGGAAAGACUCGGCCAGGAUUGUGGGAACGAGCAGAAUCAGCCCUCAACACCGUCAGCUACAGACGUCGUCCACGGCUUCAACCUUCCCCUCCUUCGCUCCGACCGGCACUUCACACACAGGGAGACCAAGCGACAGACAGUCCGCUGCUGCUGCCUGCUCCUCAACACGCUCCUGUCUGACGAGUGACCCAAUAGUUUUUGAAUGACAUUAUUAAUACACACACGCACACUUUUGGUUCGGUCUGUCGACGUCCUCUCUUGAGUUGGGUUCCUGGAUUUAAGAUCGUCUUCUUUGCACACAUUCACAAAGUCCACCAUCCCCAUUCAACCCCAGAGCCGAGGCUUCAACGAGGUGACAUUCGCGUGGAAGGCACCGCCGGGGGAGCAGCGUGUAGUAUCUCUCACUUCCAGGGGACAAGAGUCCAUGCAUACCCAAGUACAGACGCUGGAGUCUUUGAAUUGAGUUGAAGUUGAGAAAAGAAGAGCAAAGACUGGUGGAAGGAGAGAAAAAGCAGCUGGCGCGUGAGGAAGAGAAAAGAAAAGACGCGGACAGAAGAGAAAGAAAGGGGAGAGCGAGCCGAGAAGGAGAAAGAGAAAGAAACAGAGGCGCACCGCCGUUACUUUAUUUUCCGUUCGAGCCAGAGGAGCGAGAGCGCAUCCGAGAGACGGGGACGAUGGGGAGGAAAAAGAUACAGAUCACGCGGAUUAUGGAUGAACGCAACAGACAGGUUACGUUUACAAAGCGAAAGUUUGGCCUGAUGAAGAAGGCGUACGAGCUGAGCGUGCUGUGCGACUGCGAGAUCGCCCUGAUCAUCUUCAACAGCACCAACAAGCUGUUCCAGUACGCCAGCACAGACAUGGACAAGGUCCUGCUCAAAUACACAGAGUACAACGAGCCCCACGAGAGCAGGACCAACUCAGACAUUGUGGAGACGUUGAGAAAGAAGGGCCUAAAUGGCUGUGACAGCCCAGACCCCGAUGCGGACGACUCUGUCGGCCACAGCCCCGAGUCCGAAGACAAGUACAGAAAAAUAAACGAGGAUAUAGACCUGAUGAUCAACAGACAGAGAUUGUGUGCGCUAAACAAGAAGGAGAACAAAGGCGGGGAGAGCCCGGAGCUCGAGACCGUGCUCACGCUCACGCCGCGAACCGAGGAGAAAUACAAACAGAUAAACGAGGAGUUUGAUCAAAUGAUUAAGACGCAUAAGAUACCCCAGGGCGUGCCCCAGUCCAACUACGAGAUGCCUGUGUCCAUCCCCGUCAGCAACCAGAACAGUCUCAUCUACAGCCAUCCCGGCGGUUCCCUAGGCAACCACAACCUCUUGCCACUGGCGCACCACGGCCUCCAGAGAAACAGCAUGUCCCCCGGUGUCACACACAGACCCCCCAGUGCAGGUGGCCUCAUGGGUGCUGACCUCACUACUGGCGCAGGCACCAGUGCUGGAAACGGCUACGGAAACCACCGUAACUCGCCCGGUCUGCUGGUCUCUCCAGGUGGCAUGAACAAAAACAUGCAGGCCAAGUCUCCCCCGCCCAUGAACCUGGGCAUGAACAACCGCAAGCCGGACCUCCGCGUGCUCAUCCCCCCCGGCGCCAAGAACAACAUGCCGUCCAUCAACCAGAGAAUAAACAACUCCCAGUCUGCCCAGUCACUGGCCACACCAGUCGUAUCCGUAGCAACACCCACCUUGCCGGGGCAAGGAAUGGGAGGUUACCCAUCUGCUAUCUCUACUUCCUAUGGUACUGAAUAUUCCCUGAAUAGUGCAGAUCUGUCCUCCCUGUCUGGCUUCAACAGUGGCAGCUCCCUUCACCUGGGCUCCAUGAGCGGCUGGCAGCAGCAGCACAUCCAGAACAUGCAGCAUUCAGCCAGCCUGGGCCAGCUAGGAAACUGCGCUAGCUCCCACUUGUGUCAGGGCUCCAAUCUGUCGCUGCCCUCCGCCCAGAGCCUGCACAUCAAGUCCGAGCCCGUGUCCCCUCCGCGGGAUCGCACCAGCAGCACGGGCGGCUACGGCGGCGGCAUGCCGCCCCAGCAGCAGAACCUCCCCUCGUCCCGCCAGGACUCUGGCCGCUCCCCCGUGGACAGCCUGAGCAGCUGCAGCAGCUCCCACGAGGGCAGCGACCGGGACGACCACCGCAACGACUUCCACUCGCCCCUGGGGCUGGCGAGGCCCAACAUGGACGAGCGCGAGAGCCCCUCCAUCAAGCGCGUGCGCCUGUCGGAGGGCUGGGCCACAUGAUGGAUACCCCCCCUGUCCCCACGUGGUCCCUGAAGAACCUCCCCCCUCCUAUCCCCAGACCUACCCCCUCACCACUGCCCCCCCGUCAGAGUCGACCCCGAAGCCCCAAAGAAACGCAGCAACCCAGACACUCCCAGAGACCCACCACCCACCCACCAGCCCCCCACCACCACCGUCUCUUACUUUUAGUCGUAUUUCAGCGGUCAAUCGAACACCCCUGGGACCCCCACUGCAGUGUCCCCCUCUCUCUCUCUCUCUCUCUCUCUCUCUCUCUCUCUCUCUCUCUCUCUCUCUCUCUCUCUCUCUCUCCCUCCUCUUUGUCUCAUUGCCGCCGAAAGGGAAGACAAAAAUAGUAGCCAUUUUCCUGAAAUAUCGUAGUAUUUUUUUUAUUUUAUUCUUUUAUUUGUUCUUUUAUUUUUUAUUUUUUGCUGAGUGUGUGUGUGCUUAACAUAUGAUAUAAACAAGCGGGGUGAUAUAAUCAGGGUUAGGGAGGGAAAAGGGUUCGGAUCAGGGCAUCAUUUUAUCGGGGGGAACUAUGCAUACAUCGUGUUGUGUGUUGAAAAAAACGAUUUCAUAUGCAUAUAUAUCUUUACACGUUUGUGUGUGUAUGUGUACAUAUAUGCAUAUCAACAAAUAAACAAAAAAAUGCCAGGUACUCUGUUUUGUAAAAAAAAAAAUACAUACAAUUUGCCUCAGCGAUAUACCAGUGACUAGACAAAAAAGGAAGAAAAGAAAAAGAUAAAAAAAAUAUGAGUGUGUGUGUGUGUGUGUGUGUGUGUGUGUGUGUGUGUGAGUGUUGGAGCAAAGAACACCUUAGCACUUGAGUUGGACAACCAGACAGUGUACAGUGUCAGUUUCAUUGCUAUAUAUAUACAUUCUCUGCCGUUCUCCCUUGCAAAAAUGUGUGUUAACCUUAGAUGAUGUCAUGUUGCAGGUUCAACGUAUUUAUGUAAAUAGAGCAUCAGGGGGCGGGGAGGAAAGGCCGGGGGUCAAAGGUUGCCAGACAUUAACAAAAUUUAUUUACUCACUAAACGAAAAGCUAUUAUGCAACAUUUGAAGGAUUGUACAGGUAAACAGAUUGGACCCAGUGGUAGACGCGUAUGGAGCCAGUUUGAGGAGCUACUGCUCGGUUUUAGAGAAUCUAAUGGCGCCAGGACCACCCUUUGAUCUAGAGCUACAUUAAGUAUAACCGGGGAUACUCUGGGUCUUCUAUUAACUAUUCAGUAUUAAUAAACAAAACAAAACAAACAAAAAAAAAAGUUGAAAAAAAUUGUACGAUACACUUGCUUAUAUUUUCAUAUGGAAGGAAUACAAUGCAAAGCAUUUUUGUGGCUUUUUGUAGUUUCUAUAAGCCAGAAUGUGUUUUUUGAUAGCUUUGCUAAUAGGAGACGGAUAGUUCAACAUGAUGGGGGGAAAUUAAUGGGUUUUUAAACCCUAAGCCAUGAUAACAGACUGGAUACAAUGCUUUGCUGAACUGUUUUCUCUUUGUAGAGGUUUGUUUUUAAACGUGUAUUUCUAAUUAUAUAUAAUAACGGUAAUAUUAAGAAUCUUUAAAAAAAAAAUCUGUGAAAUUAACAUGCUUGUGUAUAGCUUUCUAAUAUAUAAAUAUAUAUAAUAAUGAUUUUUUUUUUUGUUUUUGUUUUGUUUUUGUUGUUUUCUUAGUGGAGUUUUGUAUGUGCCAAUGCACAUAGCGUCUGGUUUGUUUUGAGUUUAGCUCUGAACACUGCUGUUCAGGUCUUUAAUUAGUCUGACCUUGUCAAGCCAGCUGGAAACCAUUGCCAGUGUUUUGUGGAGAUGAGGAAAGACACAUGUCCACGUGGAAAUGAAAAAAAACCUUGAAGUGGAAAAAUGUUUGGAGACUGGAGCUAAGGAGGAAACAAGUCACACCUUGACACACGGUUGUCAUAUUGACAAAUAUUAUUAUUAUUAUUGUUAUUAUUAUUAUCGAUCCUCAGUCCCUCCUUACUGAAGCCCGCAAGUCGGGCCUUAUGUUAAUGAUCGUUUAUAACCUGGUGUUUAUUUUGUUUUUUUAUGUAUUUUUCCAGCAACCAUUUUGAGUUCAAGACUUCACAGACUCUAAAAACGUAACUUUGAGAUCAGAAAACAAACCCCUGACAAUGUAACACCUCCUUAGAAUCCAUCUUUCGAAACAGGGUUCCGUGUCAUUUUACCGAAAGUCACUGACAUUUUAAAACUAAAUACCGAAGGAAGAAAAAAACAAUCAUGCUGGUAUGGGAGAAGCCCAGUGGUUUUAUUUCAGACAAAUAGCUGUUUUGAUUUUGCUCUUUUUCAAACAACGAGACUAGCCACAUAACUCUGCCUCCCGAUCUGCUGUCACUUGAGUGUUAUGGAAUUUCUAUGUGCAUAUUUCAUGCAGGUUCACGAUGUCGUUACUGUAUACAGUCUGUGUAGUCAGAAACAGGGGCAGAGCCUCUCAGUGUUUCCUCUAUCUUUCUCUAUCUCUUUCUCUCUCUCUCUCUCUCUUUUUUAAUUCAAUACUAAAGUUUGAGAAAAAAAAAUCAUGAUAUUUCAGGCAGCAUAUGUGUGGAGAAACCAAAGCCAGUGGCAUUUUCUGUGUUGUAAACUCAAGUUUUAUUUUCACAUUCAUUUAUGGUUAUUUGCAAAGCAUUGAAACAAAAAAAUAAUAAAAGAAUUUGCUCAAAUGUA